AUGGACUCCUUGGGCCAAUACACGACGCCGAAGCAAGUUUUGAUCAAAUCGAAAUCGCUCGGCGUUUUGUACUAUUUCCUCGUGCUCUUGAUUUCAUUCUACAUCGUCGGGUUCUUGUUGUAUAAAGAAAACGGGUACCAAAAAUCCGUCCCGGCGGAAGGUGUUUUAGCGAUUAAAGUGAAAGGAACAGCCGCGACGAACGAGACGGAAACUGGCGAGAAGAGGGUGUACGAUGCGAACGAUUUGGUGCAGUAUUCGUCGGAUGGCGUUUUUGUGGCCACGAGGCUGGUGAAGACGAUGCAGGCGAAAGGAACGUGCUUAGGCGUCUCGAAAGACGAAGUGUGCUCGAAAGGGAAGAACACGUGCGUGAAAGGGUCGUACAGUCGAAACGGAAGGCAAACUGGGAAGUGCUUGCCGAGUACCAGCGAUCCGAACAGCGCACACUUUUGCGAGAUUAAAGGGUGGUGUCCGCCCGAGGCGGAGGAGGACGACGACGUGUUGCCGUUGGAAAACGUGGGCAAUUUUACCGUGUUUAUACGCAUGAACGUGAAAUUUCCUGGAAUGUAUAACGAGAACGGGGAGGAGAUGCGAUGGGAUAACGCGAAUGGGACCGAACCUCGGAUGGGUUGGAAUUUGUUCUCGUUGGAGAACAUUACGCAGACGGACGAUAAGAAUUUUACCGAGAUUAGUACGUACGGAUCAGAUCAAAUGUUGAACGUGUAUUUUGAUUGUAACUUAGACGAAGGCGUGAAAGUGCCAAAGCCGCAAAGCGUGUUGAAUGGUGAUAACGAAACGUUGGCGACGGUGGCGAUCGAGGAAGGUGGCGUGCAGACUUGCUCGCCGGAGAUUCCGUUUGUUAUUGAUCGCGUAGAUAACCCGCUGGCUGAACUCUCGAGUGGAUACAACACGCGCUGGAUAUCCGCCGUGAAUCACUUUACGACGCCGAACGCGAAGCUGACGAAUAUGACGAACAUGUUUCCCCUGAACCCGCCGUAUAACUGUCGAUUUGAUACGAAAAAUCCAGAAACGCGAUUGUUGACAAAAGCUUACGGCCCGAGAUUGCGCAUCCAAUUUUCCGGCGUCGGGAGACGAUUCGACGUCGUCAUGUUGACGCAAACGAUCGGUGCUGGCAUAGCUUUGUUAGGGAUUGCGGUUGUUAUCACGGAUGCCUUUGCAAAGUACAUUCCUGGGUUUAAGAAGCAAUCGUACGACGUGUGGAAAUUUGAAGAGCACGUGGACGAGGAGGGUGAUUUGCUGAAAUCGUAUUUCGGGGGCGACUCAAAAUUCAAUAGUCAACAACAACAACAGCAACAACAACAACCAGCACAGCAGCAAAAGAUUUCGUAUCGGCAUAGCAGUAGUAGUAGUAGUAGUAAGUCGCAGCAACAACACCCGAGUAUUCCCGGGUACGGAGCAACGACGACGACGAUAACGACUUUACCAGCAACGGCGGCGCAACCGUUGGAAGAGAAAGCUCCGAAGAAAACAGGGGGGCUCUUCCGUUCGCGAAGCCUCCUGAGAAAGAGUUGA